ACCUUGAAAACAACAUCAAAAGCCUAAGCCGUGAAGUUCAUAUGCUUCCUCUGGAGUGUAAUUUAACGUUGAACAAAACCGACAAAAUAACCGUACAUUCCAUGAAGGCACGUAUGUGUAUUACUUUCCAUGAAUGAACGUUCUUUACUUUUCUACGACAGGUUUUUGUUAUUCAUUGUUCCGUCUUGUAGUGUAUAGUUUUUGUAGUUUAUUUUUCCGUUGCAAUGAAUUGUUGUAUCUGAUAGCUUUAUUACAUUCAAAGCUAAUAAUAUAUUAAUUAGAAGUGUGUGUGAGUUCAACAUUAUUUAUUUAUUAUUUAUUGUGCGUUUUGUUUUGAAAUAGGAUAACGGAGUGUUACAUACGUGGUUAUUCUGCGCUCUGCUCCUCCGCGAGAAUAAUACAAAAUACAGAUACUCGUCGGCAAAGUUCACGCAAAAGAACGCAAAGUAAGGAGAAGAGUCUGACUGAAGAGCCACUUAUUCUGCUGCUGUUAUUCGGGCGCUGGGAUAAGCUAGUUCUACCACUGAAACGGUCGGAUCAUAUCUUUUUUUUUUAACCUCCUCUGGUCUUUUUUGUUCUCCCGAGAGAGGUAAUUAUGGCGCGCGAGAGGAGGUGUCGUCCUUCGCUUUGAUUCCCAAUAUUAAUAAUAACAAUCACAGUGACAGCCCGGGGGUGGGCAUACCGAACGCAACUUACAACGGCGCUGGGAACCUUAAAGGAACUGGAAUGGACGAUGGAAUUCUCUGCGCCUCUGCAAUGAAGAGUCUUCUGGUCUCUCUCUUGCUUGCGAGCAUCACCUGCCGUCUGAGCCUUUCCCAGACUACAGCAGGGACACUCAAAGAGGCAGAAACAAAUGACAAUAUCACCAUAUUCACUAGGAUCUUGGAUGGACUUCUUGAUGGAUAUGACAACAGGCUUAGACCUGGACUUGGAGAAAAGGUAACCGAGAUUAAGACAAACAUCUUUGUCACCAGCUUUGGGCCAGUUUCCGACACUGAAAUGGAGUACACCAUUGAUGUGUUUUUCCGGCAAAGCUGGAAGGACGAACGGCUGCGUUUUAAAGGUCCGAUGGAGAUGCUACCUCUCAACAACCUCCUCGCCAGUAACAUUUGGACCCCUGACACAUUCUUCCUGAACGGCAAGAAAUCCAUUGCCCACAACAUGACCACUCCCAACAAGCUUCUGCGGCUGAAGGAUGACGGCACCCUGCUGUACACUAUGAGAUUAACCAUCUCAGCUGAGUGUCCAAUGCAGUUAGAGGAUUUCCCCAUGGAUGCCCAUGCCUGUCCACUCAAGUUUGGAAGCUAUGCCUAUCCAGUUUCGGAGGUGAUCUACACCUGGACAACAGGUGCGGCAAAGUCCGUUGUGGUGGCAGAGGAUGGGUCGCGACUCAAUCAGUACCACCUGAUCGGCCAAACGGCAGGAACUGAGGACAUCCACACCAGCCGAGGCCAGUAUACCGUGAUGAUGGCGCACUUCUACCUGAAGAGGAAGAUCGGUUACUUUGUGAUCCAGACGUACAUGCCCUGCUUCAUGACUGUGAUCCUGUCCCAGGUGUCUUUCUGGCUGAAUCGAGAGUCCGUUCCAGCCAGGACUGUCUUCGGUGUGACCACAGUGCUGACCAUGACCACACUCAGCAUCAGCGCCCGGAACUCCUUGCCCAAAGUGGCGUACGCUACAGCUAUGGACUGGUUCAUCGCCGUGUGCUACGCCUUCGUCUUCUCUGCCCUGAUUGAGUUUGCCACUGUCAACUAUUUCACCAAGAGGAGCUGGGCCUGGGAUGGAAAGAAGGCAAUGGAGGCCCAACAGCCUAAGAAAAAAGACCCACUGGCUCUGUCGAAGAAACCAAACAAUGCCUGUUCAGCAGGAGGUGUGAAUUACACACCCAAUAUCACCAAGGAUUCUGCAAUCGCCACCAUUUCAAACAGCUCCUCUGUUCAGCUGAAACCCACGGAAACCAAGGCCCUGGAUCCCAAAAAGACCUACAACAGCGUGAGCAAAAUUGACAAAAUGUCCAGGAUUGUGUUCCCAGUCCUGUUCGGAACUUUCAACUUGGUCUACUGGGCAACGUACCUCAACCGAGAGCCGGUGAUCAAGGGAGCGGUUUCGCCAACAUAAGGAAUUCCUGUUCUCACACCGCGGACUUCAGCCAUAUUGUUCAACAACCUGGAUUGCCAUAGGCGACAAUACCAAGCACUGAAGACUUGCUCCAAUCAUAAGUUGGGAGAACGUUCCUUUUUAUCAUAAGUUGCAUGAUUAAAGCUAGACGGAAAUACUAUUGCCAUGUUUGCCUUUACUGUUUAUACUGUAUAUUAAUCUACCAGGAUUUCUUAUAGAAUGUUGCAUUUUAUUCAAUGAAGCAAGAAUUUUUAUCAUCGCCAAUUAGUUUCCCACCCCCACUGACUCCUUGUUCCACGACUACAUAGGAUUUGGCAUCUACAUUUUUUGUCAUUGAAAAUGCAUUAAUGUAUGUUGGGAACAGAGGGGUAGAGCAAAGCCAAAUGCUAUGCAAUUCAAUGUUUUAUACUGUAUUAACGAUAACAUUAUUUUGCUGUAUAAAAGUGGGCCUAAAGCAUCCAAUGUCUAAGAAUGGACUUGAAUGGAAUUGAAGAAUAUAGCAUCAAGCCGAAGAAUAGCCAUUCGAAAUGAGUUGCCUUCAGCGUGAACAAUUCGUACGUGUGUGCGUUGGAAUUACUUGUUUCUUUUGAAAAAAAAAAAAAAACUUUUUUCAACAAGUUUAUUUAUCAUUGUGCAACUUAUGAUCAUUUAAUUGAUGAAAAAAAUUUAUGCCAGCAUUUAGAUAGUUUGCUUCUAGGUGCAACAUUGGAAAAUAGAUUUUCUUAUAUAGUUUGCUUCAAGAUACAAUAUGGGAAAAUACAUUUUUCUACACAGUAUAUUGUUUGGUUGUGGUUUUGACUUAACAGCUGUUUUGAAUCUAUGUAUGCAUUCUGCUUUUGGAUACGUUCAAUAAAACGCAAUAGGGACAAAUCAGUAUAAAGAUUGCUGCCAUGCAAAGUGCAGUCUAAGCAACACAAAUUUAAGCUACUAUAUGGCUUUUGGAAGUAUUGAGUUAUGAGUACGUAAUGUACGCUUUGAGUAAAUACUGUAUGACAAUGUUUUUAUUUUUACUGCUACAUCAGCUAUCUUUAUUGAAGCUAUUUUACUGUCAUUGUUUUUAUAUGUACAUUGUACAUGGUUAUCUGUUGCUUAUUUACAUAUUUAAUAUAGAUUUUAAUGGUUUUUUGAGUCUGUACAUUUUCUUACCUUUCUCUUCAUGUGACAGGAUCAUAGACUUGAAGUUAGUUUAAGAUGUGAAAGUAAAAUGUGAUGUGGUAACUGGCAAAGAGGUGGCAUAUACAGGUAUCAGCUGAAGGAAAGAAGGCCACACAAUUCAUAACUUCACCAAAUGGCUGAUUACUUUGAUUGCAUUGCUUCUGAAGCAAAAACUAGAAUGUCUACUUACUUGCAAGACCUAGAUUAGAAAAUAUUUAAAUAGCAUUCAUAUAGUAUUGCACCCUGUGAGAAUUUAAAGGGCCUGACAGUGUCAAACUGAAUAUGAGAUACAAGUGAAAUUAUGAAGGGUUAUGGUUUGGAGGAAUAGUUAGUUCAGGUAGAGUGUGUCCCUGAAAGAUUGCACAGUAUUUGUAGCUAAGGGGUUUUCAUGGGCAGCCUUACAGAAAUGGAAUAUGCAAUAUAUUGUAAAUAUGUAGAAUUUAAAAAAAUAUAUAAUGCUUAAUAUAUUUCACAGCAAUGCAUUUUUAAAAUAUAUUGCACUCUCUGAAAGAAUUUCAAGAGUUCUCAAGGAAAUAGAAUAUACUGUACUGCAAUAUAUUGUAAAUGUGGGUUUUGGGGAAAAUAUAAUCGUAGAUAUACUUUCACAAUUUCUAAGAAAACAAAUUACAGUAUCUGAAAAUGGCAAUAAUGUGUAUAUUUGCCCAUAUUUUUUCUGAAAUUGAUAAAAUAUUCUUGUGCAAUAUAUUGCAACACAUUCCAUUUCUGUAAGUAUAUUCAGGCCCCCUGGCUGAGAAGCAAGCACUGGACACUCCCCCAUCUCCAGCAUAUUUACAUUUAUAAUUUAGCCUGGGGGUAGGAGUGGGUGGGGGGUGGGGGUUUUGCCACUGCUUGAUUCCCUCAACUGUGUGAUGGGGUGUAGGGGGGUGAAACGAUCAUAAUACAGUUAUUAGAUAAUUACAUAGUUAUUCCCAAGCCGAUAAAGCGCUUGCUAUCCAAGAUAUCUUCUGCAAGCAAAGCCUGAGCAGAGAGAGAGGGCUGUACACAUCCUCAUUCGACCAAUGAGAAUACCAAUUAGGAAGUCAGGAGAGGGCAUGGCACAUUCAAAAGUGGGUGGGGAUAUCAAAACAGGACACGCCCCUCCCACUUUAUUCAAGCCCACCAAUGUGACCGCUCUGCUUUCUGUGAAGGGGACGUUGUCUGGAAGGCAUAAAAUUGUUCUUGCAAAGUUAUCUGUCAUUUAAUCAAUGUAAAGCUCUAAUUUAAAGCAUAAUGGAACUAAAGCAAUAAAUAAACGCUUGAUAUGUUUGGUGA